CUGCGCAUUGGGCGCGAUACAACCUUUGUGUUUACAACAUUUGAAGCGGUUGCACUAACAGUUUUAGCACUACAAGAUAGUAAAAAACGAACUUGUUUUAUUUGCAUGAUAUGUAGUUGGUGUCUCUUCCUUCUCUGUUUCCGUUGAAGUCACAUUUCAGAAUUUGAAUGAGUUCCUCCUGAAGCUUGUCAGUCAUUGAAGAUGUCUGAUGCUUGCACUGCUGAACCUGCAGGAGCCAUCAAGGCCAUUGACAAGCAAUCAGUGCAUCAGAUCUGCUCAGGACAGGUGGUGCUGACUUUGGCCACUGCUGUCAAAGAGCUGGUGGAGAACAGCAUCGAUGCAGGGGCCACCAACGUUGAUGUCAGGCUGAAGGAGUGUGGAGCUGAACUAGUGGAAGUGUCAGACAAUGGCAAAGGAGUAGAAGAGGCAAACUUUGAGGGAUUGACAUUGAAGCAUCACACGUCUAAGCUGAGGGACUUCUCCGAUCUCAUCCAUGUGGAAACAUUUGGCUUCAGAGGUGAAGCCCUCAGCUCUUUAUGUGCUCUGAGUGGCCUGAGUGUGGUGACAUGCCAUGAGUCCAGCCAGGUGGGCACCAAGCUGGUGUUUGAUCUCAAAGGCCACCUGGUGCAGCAAUCCCCUCAUCCCCGGCAGCAUGGCACCACCGUCAGUCUGCAGCAGCUCUUCUACACCCUGCCUGUUCGGUACAAGGAGUUCCAGCGCAAUAUUAAGAAGGAGUAUGCCAAGAUGAUACAUGUCCUACAGUCCUACUGUAUCAUCUCUACAGGAGUGCGGAUCACCUGCUCCAACCAAAAUGGGCAGGGGAAGCGUAGCACGGUGCUCAGCACCACUGGCAGCCAGAGUAUGAGGGACAACAUAGGGGCCAUAUUUGGACCAAAACAGCUGCAGAGUCUUCUACCUUUUCAGCAAGUGUCUCCUGCAGAAAAUAUCAUUGAGGAAUAUGGACUGACAGAGGCAGAUCUACCCAAACAGCUUUUUACCAUGUCAGGCUUUGUGUCCCGAGCGGACCAUGGAGUUGGGAGGAGUUCGACAGACAGGCAGUUCUUUUUCAUCAACAACCGGCCGUGUGAUCCUGUUAAGGUGACCAAACUUGUGAAUGAAGUGUAUCACAUGUACAACAGACAUCAAUAUCCCUUUGUUGCCUUGAACAUAGCUGUAGCCUCAGAGUGUGUGGAUGUGAACGUAACCCCAGACAAACGACAGAUUUUCCUUCAGGAGGAGAAACUCCUGCUGGCUAUUCUCAAGACCUCUCUCAUCAACAUGUAUGAGUCCGGAGUCAAUAAGAUCAGCCUGAACUACACACUGAAAAGCAUGAAUACAAAGUCUGCGUCUGAAAUCUGUCAGGUUUUCCCAUCUAAUGAGAACACGCCAGAGCCUGCAGAAGAGAAGGAACAUGUGACUCGAUGCCCAAAGUCGUCUGUAAACUUUGCCGGUCUAAAAGCUGCUUUUUCAAGUAAUCACACAUCAAGUCAUGGGAACAAGACAAGUGUGGCCAAAGCUGCCAACAGUGGCCCGACACAAAAAACCCUGCAGACUUUUUUCAAGGACACAGUCAGACCUCCUACCUGCAACUCGAAAGCAUCUCCUUUGAAAGCCACUAGAGAUUUAGCUGAAUUCUCCCCGGUGGGAAAGUCAGUGCUAGAUGGGUUCAGGUACGGAAAAAUGUCAUGCAGUGAUGCAGACUCUGAAAAAGACAGCACUGUCACUGUGCCAUCAGCAGAUAUUCAGGUUUCUGGACUGGAGAUCAGAACUUCUGAGCCAGACACUGACUGUGUUAAACACGAAGAAGAGUCAGAUGAUAUUGACACUGUUCCUGAGCACCUAAAGACUGAGCCUCACACUUCCAAUGAGGACUGUCCUGUUAGCCCAGAUGCUAAGAGAGCCAGGAAAGAGAAACCAGAUUCCCAAAUAGAAGACAAAUCCAACACUUUUUCAGAAUCGGCCUCUACGGUGGAUGCUCCAAUGUCUCUACCGAAGAGGGCAGUGCCCUCCAGCUUCUCUUUACAAGAUCUGUCGGGGAGGGUGAAGAGGUUACAGGACCUGCAGAGACAGAGGGACAGUGACGAGCUGCGCUAUCGACGCUUCAGGGCCAAGAUCAACCCCGGAGAAAACAACAGUGCAGAGGAAGAGCUGAAGAAAGAGAUCAGUAAAGACAUGUUUAAAGAGAUGGAGAUCAUCGGUCAGUUUAACCUGGGCUUCAUUAUCGCCAAACUGAACUCUGACAUCUUCAUGAUCGACCAGCACGCCACAGAUGAGAAAUACAACUUUGAGAUGCUGCAGCAGCACACUGUGCUCCAGGGACAGAAACUCAUAGUCCCUCAGAAGCUUCACCUCACUGCUGUCAGUGAAAAUGUGCUCAUGGAAAACAUUGAGAUUUUCAGGAAGAAUGGCUUUGAGUUUCUUAUUGAUGAGGACGGUCAGGUGAUGGAGAGGGUAAAGCUGGUAUCUCUGCCCACCAGUAAAAACUGGACCUUUGGCCCUGGCGACAUAGAAGAGCUGAUCUUCAUGUUGAGUGACAGCCCGGGGGUCAUGUGUCGACCGUCCCGCGUCAGGCAGAUGUUUGCCUCCCGAGCUUGUCGGAAAUCUGUGAUGAUCGGCACUGCUCUGAGCGUCACUGAGAUGAAGAAGCUCCUGGUUCAUAUGGGGGAGAUCGAGCAACCCUGGAACUGUCCUCACGGCAGGCCCACCAUGAGACACCUCGCCAACCUGGACAUCAUCUCACAAGACUGACAACGAAACCACACUGGCUUAAAAUGACUAGAACCCAGAUCAUUUCUGCUAAACAUCACCCUUGCCCUUAUUCACACAAGUGCAAACCAUAGCUGCUGUAUUUCUGUAUGGUUCAAAUUCUUGCUUUUUAUAAUGUUUUUCUCAUUUUUGUUCUGAUUGUAUUUGUUAUUGGCGUUAAUAAACAU